GCUGUAAUGCCAAAACUCUAUUUACCCGAAUGGGUGAGUGAAUUUCGCGCCAAAAUCUAAGACCUGUUAUCGUAAAUCUGAUUAAUUCGUCCUUAAAUUAUAGUCUCGCCAAUAACAUAAUUAGCCGCUCAGCGAUUGGGACAAUACUUAGUACAUAGAUUUAACUUCAUAAACAAGGAUAUCUUCUUAGAACCUAUUGCAAUUUCUGAAGAGUUGCGAUUACCCAUUGGAACGUGUGCCUUCUAAAGACUAAUAGUUGCGUAGAUAUGCUGAAUGUUUGGCUUUGGAAAUGGAGAGGUAACUAAAAAUGCUAGUCAGUUGAUCAAAUGCUUGACUACUGUCACAUCGAUUUAGUACUAAAAUGUAUCUACAAGCUCCUGUUAUUGUAAUGCUAACGGUUGUUCUCUUAGUUUUAUUAUCAACAAACUUGGCUCCGUGUAACAUAUCCCGAACAAACAACUCGGAGGGAAACGCGUCUGGAUUGUUACUACGAAGACUAGUCCAUCGCUUGUAGCUUAAAGUGGGUUGCCUUUAAGCGUUUACUACAUUUCAUGUGGUUCAUCAGUGCCUUAUAGCCUAUGUUUGCCAAAUAUUUUUAUGAUUAUAGUUCAUUCACUCUCACCGAACGAUAUAUCUUUCCAAAAACGUUUUAGCCUUGUUAAGUAAAAAGCCUCCACGUGCCAAAACCUUCGAGUAAUUUAGACUGUUCAUCAUACAUUUUACUACUGCUUCCUAUCUAUUAUAAUUUGAAGAAACUUGGAACAAUAAAUACUUAUCUUAUAUUACAAUGUUUCUUUAUAGCUGAUGCUAAUCCUAAUAGCUGAGUUGGUUCAAAAUAGUGACUACUUGCCCUUCUACAUUGAUCAUAUGAACCGGCCAGCCUAUAAAACCUCAACAUAUCCAUGCAUCUAUAGCUCAGACAAGGUACAAUUGGUUACCAAUUGUCUACUCAGUUGCUGUGAGACAGCCCUAAAGGAUCGAAUAACUAGACAUUACAUCAUGUCAUCAAAAUAAUGCUAGUGUGCUGUGGAAUCACUAAAUAAUGUCGCAAUAAAGCCUAAAGAGUUUACAAAGCUACCUAUCAAUCGGCUUUUUUCCGCUUCACGUAUGCUGAUUGUCGCUCGUCAGCAACAAAUGUAGAAACCAUUUUAUUAGCACCCAUACUACAAAUAUUUUAAAUUAUUCACUAAAAUCCUAUUCAAAUAAUACAUUUUAUCGUCUCACUGAUCCUUUGCAGAUGCAGUCUAUUAGUUCAGAUAAAGAUAUGGAAGAAGCUGAAACGGAUCUUCCAGUGUCGUAUAGUUUUACUGAUCAAGCUAAGCAACGUGAAAUUCACCAGAGAAAAAUUAAUAAGACAAUUAUUGAAAAUCGCAUAAAAACCAAAGCACUCCGCAAAGCUAAGCGUAAUGUACGCAAACAAACAGACAGCUGCCAGUCUAGUGAAGUAGCUUCCCAAGAAAUCCAAUAUAUACCGCUGAAGGAUGAGGAAAAGUCAAAUAAAAACGACUAUCUAGAAGAAGAAUUUAACUGUCCGGGAUAUUUUAACACAUCAGAUCAUCUUCAAUUUGGUGACGACGGUGGUGAUCAACCUCCCAUACAAAAUAAAUCUCAAUCCUUGGACAUAUCAGCCAGCUGUUCACCCAACGAGAAUGAACUACUAUACGACAACGAGUCCGAUGAAGGGUAUGAUGGCAGUGAAGAGCAUGACAAGAAUAAAUCAAAGACAAUACUUUUUGACAAUAUUGAUUCCUUUACAAUUAACACCUUGAAAUCCAAGGGAUCUGAUUUUGAAACACGAAAUCACAAGUCAUGGAAAAAAAUAAACAGGUUGAAUGGGAUUCAUGUUCGAAUGCUGGAUAGCGCAAAUAUUGAAAACACAGCUCGUCAAAGAUGUGACAGUUUUCGAAAAAACCAAUUGUAUUCCUCUUCGUAUUCCGGAAGGUAUGGAGAUGUUAAACGAGUCACACCAAGCUUACUGAAAAACUUAUCAAGAAAGAAGAAAGCUAGAGCUGGAAUGCAUUAA